AUGACUGAAAUGAAUUUAGUCUGUAAUUACAAAAAAUGUCGUAAGGCUUUAAACACCUUUGCAUGGGUAACGAGUUGCUCACAUAUAUUUUGUGACUACGAUGGUAGUCGAGCAUUUAAUCGUGAAAAAAAGUGCCCGUGCUGUAAUGAAGUCCUAAAUAGACGAUUGGACAUUGUUCAGAUAAACUUAAAUCCUGACGAAUCUUUUAAAUCUAUGAUACUGUGUGGGUUAAGACCAGAAGUUGUAAUGGAUAUAUCAUUACGAGCAGUUUCUUUUUGGAAUUAUCAAAUGACUCAAGAAAAAAUCAUUCAGACUAGUUACAUGAAAAGACUUCAAGCAAAAUAUGAACAGGUUAAAAUCGAUAUAGAAACCAUGGAGUCAGCUUUGAAAGAUGCUGAAUUACAAAGACGAAAAACCCAAGAGAUAGAAGAGAAGCUGAUCGAAAAAAGUAGAAUAUUACAUCAAGUUCAAUCGAAGUAUGAGUCUCUUAAACUUCAACUUAUUUCUAAUACCAUAAAAUCCACAAAAACAGAACAAAUUCCUAUGGCCCAACUCCAGCCUAAAACAUUUGAAGCACAUAAUGAAUUUGUAUUUGCCCCAAACAUUGAUUAA